AUGGGUAAGACUCAGAAGAAAAAUAGCAAAGGUCGUUUAGAUAGGUACUAUUACCUUGCUAAGGAGAAAGGUUAUCGUGCCCGUUCUUCUUUCAAAGUUAUUCAGAUCAAUGAGAAAUAUGGUCAUUUCUUGGAGAAAUCGAAAGUGGUGAUUGAUCUGUGUGCAGCCCCAGGUUCCUGGUGUCAAGUUGCAGCUAAGCUGUGUCCAAUAAAUUCGUUGAUUGUCGGUGUUGAUAUCGUUCCGAUGAAACCAAUUCCCAACGUUAUUACAUUUCAGAGUGAUAUUACCACAGAGGAUUGUAGAUCUAAAUUACGUGGGUACAUGAAGACUUGGAAAGCGGACACUGUUUUGCAUGAUGGUGCUCCAAAUGUUGGUCUUGGCUGGGUUCAGGAUGCAUUCACGCAGUCGCAGUUGACUCUACAGGCUCUGAAACUGGCUGUAGAAAAUCUAGUCGUCAAUGGUACUUUUGUGACCAAAGUUUUCAGAUCGAAGGAUUAUAACAAGUUGAUAUGGGUUUUCCAACAGCUGUUCGAUAAGGUCGAGGCAACAAAACCACCAGCAUCUAGAAACGUUUCUGCAGAAAUCUUUGUUGUUUGCAGAGGAUAUAAGGCACCAAAGAGGCUUGAUCCUCGUUUAUUGGAUCCUAAAGAAGUUUUCGAAGAAUUGCCAGAUGGGCCUCAAAACAUGGAAGCUAAAGUCUACAAUCCGGAGAAGAAGGUUAGAAAGAGACAAGGUUAUGAAGAUGGUGAUCACCUGUUAUACCACGAGACUUCUAUCCUUGAGUUUGUGAAGACAGAAGAUCCGAUAACGAUGUUGGGUCAAAUGAACAAAUUUACCAUUGAUGAGGAUGAAAAAGAUUGGAAAAUCGUCAAGAAGCUGAAGCAAACCACGAACGAGUUGUACGAGUGCGUAAAGGAUCUGAAAGUCCUGGGGAAGAAAGAUUUCAAGAUGCUAUUGAGAUGGAGAAAAGCAGCAGCUGAGAUUCUUGGCUAUGGCAAAGAAGAUGAGAAAACAUCCAUUGAAGAGGUUCCACUAGAUGAGGAAGAGCAAAUCGAGAAAGAAUUGCAACAGCUACAAGAAAAGCAGCGUUUAAACCAAAAGCGUGAAAGAAGAAAGAAAAAUGAAAUGAAGCAGAAGGAAUUGACUAGAAUGAAUAUGAACAUGUUGACUCCAAAUGAUAUUGGUAUCGAGGCCGCCGAUGUGGGAAGAGAAUCUGUUUUCAACCUUAAGACAGCUGAGAAGACAGGCAUACUAGAUCAGUUGGCUAAGGGUAAGAAAAGAAUGAUUUUCAAAGAUUCAGAGAAUGCCAGAGAUAGCGAUAUCCAUAUCGAAGAUGGCGUCAAAUUUACUGAUAAGGACGAUGCUGGAUUGGCAGAUGACCUAGAAUCACAGUUAGACGCAAUGUACGAAAACUACAAAAUGAACAAGUCUGAAAGAGAUGCUAAAUUCAGAGCCAAGCAAGCUAGAGGGGGAGAUAACGAAGACGAGUGGACAGGUUUCGAGAACCCUGAGAAAGAGGAUAAAGAAGAUGAUGAUGAGCAACUUGUCGAUGGAGAGUCAGAUCUUUCUGAUUCGGACGAUGAUGAAGCCAUUAAUAACUUAAUCAGCAACCUCAAGGGUAAUACGGGUGAUUCCAAGCUAAGUACAAAAGCCAGAAUGCUCUUCAAUGAUCCUAUUUUCGAGAAUGUAUCUGCUGAUAUACCAGCUGAUGAUGAAGAGACAGAAAGCACGCAGCCAGAGCCAGAAUUGGAAGCAAACACAACGGGAGCAAAAAGAAAGUACGGCGAGUUAGACUCUGACGAUGAUAGUGAAAAUAACUCUGACUUUGAAAUCGUAGCGAAUAGCAGCUCUGAAGAUGAAAGUCUAUCUUCUGACUAUGAUUCCGACGAGGAAGCUAAAGAAAGUAAGAAACAGAAGCAUGCAAAAGACAUUGACAUUGCCACCGUUGAAGCUAUGACACUGGCUCAUCAAUUAGCAUUAGGCCAAAAGACUAAGCACGAUCUUGUCGAUGAGGGAUUUAACAGGUAUGCGUUCAGGGAUUCAGAGAACCUCCCAGCAUGGUUCAUCGACGAAGAGAAACAGCACUCGAAGACUAACAAACCGAUAACGAAGGAAGCUGCGAUUGCAAUCAAGGAGAAGAUGAAGGCAUUGAAUGCAAGGCCGAUCAAGAAAGUAGCAGAAGCCAAGGCCAGAAAGAAGAUGAGGUCUUUGGCCCGUCUGGAAAAGAUCAAAAAGAAGGCUGGUGUGAUUGUUGAUGACAGUGACAAGUCUGAAAAGGAUAAGGCAGAUGAAAUUGCUAAGUUGAUGCGUAAAGUCAGUAAGAAGCAGAAAACAAAACCUAGGGUUACCUUGGUUUAUGCUUCUGGUAAAAAUAGGGCGCUAUCAGGUAGACCAAAGGGUGUCAAGGGUAAGUAUAAGAUGGUCGAUGGUGUUAUGAAGAAUGAACAAAGAGCUCUAAGACGAAUUGCUAAGAAGAAUAAAAAGAAGUAG